AUGACGGGGGAUAAUUUCGUUUCCAACCCGAAUUUCAACAAUGAGACGUCUAAUGUCUAUUUUGAACACGCUUCUGCCCGUCGCGUCGACACCAGUGCUGUUUUGAUUGAAGCCAUUCGCCGCGAAUACCCCCAAUUACACUUGACCGUGUCACCGACAUAUUCAUGCAACCUCCUGGCGUUCGCCGCUUCUGGUAAAGCUGCUGCUGCACCCAUUGAUAAAGAGAACGACCGGUUAUAUGUACAGCACUUCUCACCACCAGCCAAACGCCUGAAUGGAGACACCGGCCGUCUCGUAGAGGACGUCAAAUUUGGCAAAUUCCUAUUUGACUGGGCCGGCAAGGAAUAUGUCGUCUACGUUGCUGAAGGCCGCGAUGGCCAAGAAUCUUAUCCGUCGAUUCGAAACCAGUACAUUCUGUCAUCUUCUGUACAGGCUACCGAGAAGCUAUUGCUCGAGGCUGGCCGUUUCACCAACAGCGUGGAGGGUGCAGUGCUUGUCUACGACAAGGGCUACUGGCAGAAGAGUCGUGAUCUGUGGGAAAGUAUCCAGGAUGCAGAGUGGAGUAAUGUUAUCUUGGACGAAGACAUGAAGAAAGACUUGAUCAGCGACGUCGACAAUUUCUUUAACAACCAAGACACUUACAAGAAGCUCAAGGUACCUUGGCGGCGCGGCGAGAUUUUUUUCGGGCCACCUGGGAAUGGAAAAACCAUCAGUAUCAAGGCCUUGAUGCACUCACUAUACAAGCGCAAAGACCCGGUUCCAACUCUCUACGUUAGAUCACUUGCUGGUUAUGGUGGUCCCGAAGCCUCGCUCGCUACUAUUUUUGGGCAAGCUCGGCGAUACGCUCCCUGCUUCCUCAUUUUCGAGGAUCUGGAUGCCAUCAUUACCGAUCAAACCCGCAGUUACUUCUUGAACGAGGUCGACGGUCUCACUUCGAAUGACGGCAUCUUUAUGGUUGGGUCCACAAACCAUCUCGACCGCCUGGAUCCUGGUAUCUCAAAGCGUCCUUCUCGCUUUGAUCGCAAAUAUCUCUUCCCCAACCCAAACCACGCGCAGCGUAUCAUGUACGCACAGUUCUGGCAAAAAAAGCUCAAAGACAACAAAGAUAUCGAAUUUCCAGACAAGCUCUGCGAGGCAGUAUCGUCAAUCACAGAUGGCUUCUCCUUCGCAUACAUGCAAGAAGCCUUUGUGGCAUCUCUACUAGCUCUUGCUACUCGCGACAAGGAGGAAGGCCAUCGUGACACUGACUUAGACAAGCUUCCAUUAUGGCAACAACUCAAGAAGCAGAUUAAGAUCCUUAGAGACGAACUUAACCAGGAUCCGGGAGAAGUAUUGGCAGCACUCAGGAUCUAA